AUGUCGACACCAUCUAGUACCACGCCGGAUCCUGUCAAAGUACUCUACACGUUCGACGAUCAGAACAAGUCAAAUUGCUUGGCCCGUCUGCCAAACGUGCUGAACGUGCCUGUCGUAUCGCUGGACGAGACUACCGAAGUGGGAGUCAUCGAACUCAAGACCUGUAUUCAGACUAUUGUAGCUGCAAGUCCUGAGCUCGUAGCAAAACUAGGCCACGACUACACCGUCUACGCUUACGACUUCUCUGAGUACGAAACGCCACUGGUUGGCCAGGGCAUGCUAUCAUGGAUCCUUGCCUCAGCAUCGCCGACCCCCAAUGCUCCCGCCAAAGAUUCUCAAACCAUGGUCACAGGUCGCGUGUGCAAAAAUAUUCUUGGCAUCUUCUCGAACGGGGUCAAAGAGACUCUGGAAGUCAAACUGAAACUGGUCCCUGUUCCGACAUGCAUGCAAAAGGAAUACGUGGAGAACAUGGAGCGAUAUCACAGCCUCAGUCAGCUGAUGCCUGAAGGAUUCGACUACAACGCCUGGUCCGACUUUCUGAAAGAAAACCCAACAUUGGGUCACCUUGCCCAUCCAAGCCCAUACCCCGCACACCCUUCGCCACGCCCUUCGAUUGGAGGUGUUGAGCCGUUCCACCAGAUGCUCACUCGCCAGAGCCCAUCCCAGGAGCCACCCCGCAAUGACUCUUUCUAUGAUCAGUCCAACAUGUCUUUCAUGUCUCAGCCGACUAGGGCAUCCAGUCCUGCUAUGAGUACACUCUCAUUUCAUCACUACCAGUACAACCCUCCUUCACGGCCAACAUCACGGGCCUCUGUCAGGAGUGAGGCUGCCCCGCCGCCUCAGCAGUCCCAGUUCAGCGAUCCUUAUGUCAUCGAGCAGCAAGAGGACGGACCCCCGAAGAAGAGGGCUCGGAUCACGCAAACCUCGAGGCCAAGGAACACACCGCUAAAUGCCCAUAACGAUUCGCUGCGAGUGACAGCCAGCACAGCAGCGUCCGUACGUCUCCUCAAACCUGCUCUUAGCACUUCAGGAGCUUCCUCAGAUAUGGUGCCCCGUGCGCCAACCCCUCGCCCUGGAGAGAAGUUUGGCCAGCGAGGGUCGCGCCGUCCACCAGCUCCGAGUGCUUUGAGACAUGCCUCUAUGGAUGGAGGGCGACCGUACAUGUCUCCUUAUGAGUCUAGCGCCUUCUCGGACAACGCACUGGAGUCAGCAGAUGAAAGAGAUGGAAGCCCUGGAGAUACCCCAAUGCCGUCAUCGCCUCCUAUCGCGCCGAAUCGAACCGUAUCGCCUGAUGGUUCAAGCCCGAAUCUGCCAACACUGCCGACACUGCCCCCGAACGAUUCCGGUUUCGUUAGCGAUAUGCCAACAAGUCGAGACGCCGAUGGCAUGGAACUUGACAAGCAAUGGCAGCGUGGGGAAUCGCAAGAGCAACGCCGCAAAUCCGUUACACAGCCAGUCACCGAGAGCAUUGAGUUGGACAUGGGAACUGCUCAAGAGUUCGAUUUCGAUACUAUGGACCAUGAUAUCUUUAACUCUGUCUAUUUCCAGGGACAAGAUACGAAUGAUGAUAGUGAUCUGAUAGCAAGGCUGUCGAUGGUACAACAGGGCGACAACCUUGAGGAUAAGAGUACCGACGCAUUCCAAAAAUCACGAGCUACAGUGUCGACAGCUGGCUCGCCUGAUGGCAUCGUGUCGCACAUUUCGCCUACAGCCGGGAGUGAAGCACAGGUAUACAGUCGCUCUGCUACCCCGAAUCUUCCACCGAAGCAGACAAAGGCAUCGAAACCGAGAGGACUUCCCAGAUCACAUACAUGGUCUGGAGCAGAGCCCAUGUCUGAUGCACCCACACCUUCAGAGUAUGGGUACCCCCGAAGCGGAUCAGGCGCGAAGAGGAAAAGAAUCAUCAAGAACAAACUGGAUGCGGCUAUCCGGAAAGGUGAAAUGCCAACUCAUUGUGUCAACUGUGGGGAGAUCGACACAGUCACAUGGAGGAAAGCGUAUACACGUGUGGAGAAAGGCUCACCCAAAGACAUCGAGCUGUCUACUGACUCGGCUGGUACCGACAUCAUCGCAUACGAAGUAAUCGAACCGACAUCCGAGGAUGGCGAGCCAAAAUACCGCAUCUUCAAGAACAACCUGACGCGCGAAGACAAGGACGUCGUAGCCGCAAAGUCUUCCAAUGCGUUCGAGGAACUCAACCUGUGCAACCCAUGCGGACUCUGGCUUAUCAAAAAGUUUUCGAUGAGGCCGCAGAAGGUAUGGGAUAGGGCUGCGCGCCUCGCGAACCGAAAGAGGCAGCAGAAAGUAGCGCGCUCCAAGUCUAUGGGUGGCGGUGACGAUCUUAUGUCUGAUGCUGUUUUGCCUGAGUCUGAACCUGCCAUGUCAGCUGAGCAAGAGCAGGGUACUUCGUCCAUGGAGAGGACUCAUGGUGGGACAAUGGCACCACCAACUGUCGCACCUAGCGCACGUGAACUUGAUUCUGAAGCUGCACAGACUGCUUUGGAACGAGCUCUUGAGUCUAGCCCCGCCGGGAUUAGAGGAAGCAAGGCCGAGCCCAUUGAAAUCGACCAAGAUCUUACGCCGAAGCCUACAAGGCGACUGCUCUUCCCUUCACCCAGGAAGCAAGGUCGGCGCAAGACUCUGGCCGAACCACCACCUCCACCUGUCGCUGAGCCAAUUGCUACUCCAAUGUACAUCCCUGACGAUGACGCACCCAAGAAGCCCCGUUGUCAACGAUGCAAGGAGCUCAAGAGGGGCUGUGACCGCGAGCGACCAUGUGGCCGUUGCGCAAACGCGGGUAUAGGUCACGACGGCUGCAUUCCAUGUGUGACAAAGCAGACGUAUUGGUUCGAGCAGCCUGUGGUACAAGUGACUACCGUUGAUCAAGAAAACCCUGACAAGGAGAACUGCCCGCCUCCUACCACGGAAGCAGAUGACUUCGCCCAUCUUUUCGAGGAUUCUGCCCCACCGAAGACUACGCCGAAGAGUACACCUAAGAAGGAUCAGAUCGGCCAAGACCCCUUGAAAACCCCUACUCCAAGCACCCGCAAACGCAUUGCUCUAACGCCGAGACGAGGUGCAGGGAAUGGAGAUGCGCCUUCAACGCCAUCUCGUAACAUCUUGACACCUCGUACCAUGCGUGGGGCAACAGCUGCACCCGACACACCGUUCACCCGUCAGCUUAACGCGCUGUUGUCUGACCACCCAAUCUCGUCGCCUUCCCAGGCGAUUGACUUCUCAGCUUUCCCCACAUUUACCACGCCUGGUCGCAGUGAUGCUCAAUUUAGCGAGUUUUUGCCUGACGACUUUCUAUCUAGCGACAUGCCUGUGAGCAGCUCGCCAUCGAAGAGCGGCUCAUUGGGGCUUGGCUUUGACCUCUACGAAGACCCCAACACGUCUUCUGUGGGUCUGUGGAGCGGAGAUAACAUAUUCGAUAAUGAGACUAUGGUGCUGAAUAUGGAGAACGGCUCCAAGCGCGGAAGUAUAGAUGGUACUGAUGGCCCAGAUGCAGCUGUGUUGCUUAAGAUGAACGUAGGCGGCAUGACUGUCGACUUUGCUGCCAUGAUCGAGGAAGUCGUUGGUACUGCCAAUAAAGAGGCAGACGCGAAUGAAGCCACGAGCAAAGAUUCAGAAAAGGGUAUCAAGCUUGAGCCCAAGAGCCCAGAGGCUGAGAGCGAAGGCCUUGGUAAGACACCCGAUGAGCCUGCGGUUUGA